UCCAUCCGCGUUUUCGUUAGUCAGUUUUGGUUAGUACACGUUCGUCUGUCGUUGUUCGUGCGUCAAGUUUUGUGUCUUAAAAGCCGGUUAUUGUUGGAUUUUAAUUCGAUAAAAUUGUAUUGUAAUUGUUCUCGUUUGUUUAAUAUUAAAACAUUAAUUAGUUUAUGUUAAAUAAACUUUAGAAAUAUUUUUUGCGCGGCAUUAUUGCAGUUAUUUCCCGUUUUGUGUGGAUGCAUCGACGAAGAGAUUCCAAAUAACGUCAACAAGUGAUAAAUUUCAAUAGAUCAUUGGCUGUAUCGAUUUCGUUUAAUUUUGGAUUACAUCGUGCAGCUGUCAUCCUGAAUCGACUCGAUGCGUUGAACACAUCUGCAUUUGUAAAACUCUACCGAAUUACAAAUUAAUUAUUUGUCCAAAGUGAUUUGUUAAAGAAAAUAAUUCAAACUGGCCGCUAUCACUGCAAGUGCCGCCAUGAACCCUCACUACCAUCACACUCCGUAUCCGGAUCUCAAUUCGCCGCAUUCCCCGAUUUCAGACGGAAUGCCCAAUAAUUAUCACGGACACGGAGGCCCUCUAGGAGGACCACCUAACGGCCAUAUGAUGAACUCGCAUCACGAGCAUUUGCAUUCACAUCCAGCCUUUACCGGUGGUCCACUUUCGCAUCACGGAAAUGGUCCAAAUUCCUUACAAAAUUACCAUCACCACCACCAUCACCAUUUAAUUAAUCAUAAUAGCCAUAAUAAUGGAAAUAAUACCGGUAAUAGCAAUCAGCCUCAUGUGAAUAUGAUUUGUGCGGCUUGUGGACAAACUAUUAAAGAUCGAUGGGUGUACAAAGCAGUGGACAGACAUUGGCACCAACAAUGUCUGAAAUGUGCUUGUUGCAACGCUAAUUUAACCGAACAGGGUUCCUGUUUCACCAAAGAGAAUAUGAUCUUAUGUAAAACUGAUUAUCUUAGAAUGUACGGUAGCACCGGACUGUGCUUCUCUUGUAAUGAAUCAAUCCCAGCUCACGAGAUGGUCAUGAAAGCAGGUGUACCGUCAGUACCUGAUUCACCGGCUAACAAUACCUUUCAUCGAGUAUUUCAUUUACGAUGUUUUUCCUGUUGUAAAUGCGGCGCUAAAUUGACGCGUGGAGAUCGAUAUUGUAUCAUGGGAAACAGUCUGUACUGCGAACAGGAUUGGAAUAAAUGUUUUAAAGGAUCGUCGAUGCCGACUGGACAGCAGCAAACAACUGGUACCACCAUUAGGAAAGGAAAAGUUGGCAGGCCUCGUAGGAGUAGAGACUAAACAUUUCGUAAAUAGUCUUUCCGUCGUUGAAUUUUGAGUGAGACAUUUCAAUUGUAUUUAUUCUGUGAUUUCGUAACGUAUUUUAUGUUCUUAGUUCUGUGAAUCGUUGCCGUUAACUAUUUUGAUUCUUGUUAUUUUGAAAUUGAUUAAGUUGUAACACGUUGAAUGUACGUACUAUAUGAAAGCGCAACGUUGCACUAUUGGUUCGUUGCGUGUUUUAUUUUAUCUUGCUCUUCCCUGUCAAAAGACAACGAUACAUAGGCCUAGGCUCACGUAUUUGUUCGUAAUUAAAUCUGAAUUUCGUACUAAUUUGACAGUACGCCUCGUUGUUGUAUUUCUUCGUUAACGUAUAAAGCAAUUUUUGCUCCGCUAAUUACCGUUAAAUUUCAAAUCGCUGUACAAUUAUUAGGCAUUAUUUAAAAUGAAAUGAGGUUACCUUCACGUAAUUCUGGCCAGAAUUUGAAUUUUUGCGUCGAUACAAUCAGCAAAAAAAAAAAGAACUAAUAAGUAAAUAUCGAGGAGAAAAAUUGCAUAGGUGAUAUUUCAUACGAAAUGUUAAUCCCUUUGGGUGAAAUGAAGAAAACAAAAGUGUUGAGAAUGGGGAAAAAAGGAGAAUAUGCAGAUACCCGUGUGCAUUAUUAAUAUCACGUACACUUUCGAUUGAAAUUUGAAUAAUUUACUGUCAACUUUUUCUUUUGAUAAAAGCUAUUUACCUAUUUCAAAUGCUGCUCAAAUGUUACGUAUUUUCGUUUCCUUGAAUGAUGUUCGUUUUUUUUCUUCUUUAUUUUUAUUUAGAGUGUAUUUUUUCCCUGUGUUUAUUUAUAUAAUGUAUUGGCGAUUAUGAAUUGUCGAUCUGUUGUUCGCAUUAUUAAUGUUAGCUAUUUUUAAUUUAUUUUUAUACAUUACGUGUAUAUACGAUGAUGUUCUUUUUUUUUUUUUUUCAUUAUUAUUAUUUUUUUUAGAAUAGAAAUGUCUGAAAAUAAGUUACCCUUCAGUUAUUCCUCUGACGCUCAUUUUUUUUCAAUUUUUAAAUUCCACUUGAAAAAAAUAGUUAAUUCGUCGUUGUGCUGUGUUACUUAAUGGUUCGUUUUUUAUCGUUUUUUUUUUUUUUUUUUUUUUCGUUUUAAAUAUUUACAAAAUUUACCGUUUAUUUGGAAUCGCAACGAAGGUAAAACUCGUCAUGUAAGAAAUCUUUGUUAAGUUAAUUCUAUAGCCUAUAUAUCGUGUGAUAAGGAGUCCUGAAAUGAUAUGAAACGUGUAUCUUGAGGACAAAAGAUAAAGUGGACGUGAAAGGUUUCGUAUUUUGUUCACCUUUUCUGCCAUCGGAUUUGGAUGCCAUUAAAAGUAUGUAAUUUUUUGAUUUUUCAUUAUUGAUUCAGUAACCCUAUAGUUCAUUUAGUAGCAUGCUUAGCCCAUGAUCUAAGAACAGAAAACAAUAUGUUGGCGUGUUUCUGUUGAAAUAUAAGAGCCUUAUACACGGUGUCCCUACUAAAUCUCAGCCUGAUUUCGAGUGACCUGAAAUAAUCUCUGAAGAACGCCACUAAUCGUGCCCAGUGUUGUCAGUUUAAAACAGCACCGUAUGUUUAAAACGUUUAGAAAAAAACGGACAGUGUUUAAAACAAAAUUCUGUUUAAAAUGUUUUUUUUUUUGUUUCAAACAAGUUUUUUUUUCAAGCCCAAUUUCACAAAAAAAACCACGUUUUUUCCCAAUUUCUGGUUUAAAAAGUAGUGAAAUUGAAGGAACUGAAUUUUUAGAUUUUCAUUCUUCUUCCUAUACUUUUUUUUAAAGGCAAACUUUGUGUUUUGAUUUCAAUUUUUAAAUAUUUAUUGAGCCUUAUAGCUAUUUUAUGACAUCACAUCUUAAAAGUUGAUGACUGGAUAACGUAUAUUUGAAAAAAUGAAUCCAAAACAAAUGAAUUUCUCAAAUUUCUGUUAAAAACGUGUUUAAAACACAUUUUAAACAUGUUUAAAACACGUUUAAAACACAUGGGAAUCCAGCAGUUUAAAACCACGUUUUAAACAAAAAAAAACCGUUUGUUUUGUCUUUUUUAAAAAAAAAACGUUUUUUUUCCAACACUGAUCGUGACAUUGAUUUUUUGCUUCAUCUCCUUUUUAGAAAAAAAAAUGUCGAAAGGUGAACAUUUCAAACUUUUUAGAACCUAUCAUCGUCAAUCAAAUUGUAUUGAAAUCUGAGUCCAUGUGAUUCCUUAAUUUUUUUUGCUAAAAAUCUCGAUCAGAAACAGUGAUGAAAAAUCAGUGUUUAUUCGCUGUGAUUCCAAACUCUUAAUGUUUUUAUUUUCAAGUGAAUUUAAUUCAAUAAUGUUAUCGUCACUGUUAUAGUUUGAAAAAUAUUUUCUGACAUUUCUAUAUUCACGUAUAUACUUUAUGUAGAAUAGUAAAGCAAUGUUGCAUUUAAAAUUGAAGCAAUAAGAGAUUUUGAUUUUUCUUGGUAAUUUUCAACGACGAAUGAAAUUUUACGAAUUUAAUUUUUUUUAUUUCGCGUAUACGAUUGUUUUAUUGUUUUUGUUUUUAAUAAUUCACACGCAAGUCGUCGGUACUUAUUUACUGCCUAUAAUCACAAUUACAUGUACUGUAUUUUGAAUUGAUAGAAACGUAAAAAACUGUAGGUACCUAUGUAAAUAAUCAUACGUGCCCCCGAACAUUUUCACACAUCCAAAUUGAGAACACGUUUAAACGUUGUCACUUGAAAACUUUUCGCUUGUUAUCGCCUACCGAGCUUUAGUUUUUAUUGAAUUGGUGAAAAAAAACAGAAAAGUUACUUCCAUUAAACACAUUUCUUUUAAGCUUAAGCAGCUUACAGUGACGUCAUGGUUCCCACAUUUUGUGAAAUGACUUUAACCGAUGUUUUAUUUCAAGUAAAACUUCUUGUGGGGAAAUUUUUUCACACUUUUUAUCUUAUGCGUCUUCUGUCUACUUAUAUAUUGUACGACUCGGUGUAAUUUGGAUUAGAUUAGUGUUGGAUUUCGUCUAAAGCAUGGGAGCAGAAGGUACUCGCGGAACGUUGAUUUUCAACAUGUUGGAAAAAUAAACCGUUCGAAGAAGUUGGCUGGUUUCGAAUUAAGUGUUCGGGUACCUAGUUAACAACUUAGUGAUAAUUCUUAUACCUUUGGAUUGGUUUUCUUUCGCUCUCUCCAUUUCUCGACUAGCAGAGAAAACAAUUCGAAAUUUAUACCAAAGUUUUAAAACGUUUUUUUUUCCUCAUCGAAAUAAAAUCAGAUAUUUGUUGAUAUUGACUGCGUGAAAAAAAAUCUAUUUUAUUCGAUCGUGCCGAUUCGUUUUGUAUUUUACUAUAAUUAAAAAAUUAUGCCGAUAAAAGAUGCUAAUAACGCGUUCAGGUACACAGAACAAAACGAGAAUUGAUCUGAAAAGCAUCGAGGCUGCAAAUUUUAAUUAAACUUGUUCCAAACUUAUGUAUUUUGUUUCUGGACUUUUAGAAUGAGGUUAAAUAAAAAUCGCGUCGAUUUUAUCUGAUUUUCUCUUUAAAUUACUUACACAUGACAAGCUUAUUUAAUCAAAUAAUACUUUUACAGCGGUACGUUUACUGAUUUCGUUGCACUAAGUGUGUUAAAGCACGAUUUUUUUUUCUAUUUUGAAAGCGCCGAAGUGUUUUUUUUUUCAAUUACUAAAUCCUCUUAAUAUAGCCGUUUAUGCCAAAUGCAUUUAUUAUUCGGUUUACGAAUAAGAACAGAAGUGUGUGGAAGUAACUAACUUUUACAAAUAGGGAUAAAAAAUUCACUUUGGAGAUUAUAAUUCGUAUAUUUUUGUAUCGGUAAUUUGAUUGAUUUGGUGAAAAAUUGAUAACUAUGUAGUUUGAAACAUUUUUUUAUUGCUCAAAUUUUAUUGGCUGUUUUUUUUACGCAACUGUCUCGUGCAAUGAUAAUCGAUUCCAUGACAUCGUGUACAUAUAUAAAAUGAAUGACACUUAAAAUACGUAAAUUCAAUAUGCAUUUAGAAGAAAAAAAUCGAAUACUUUGCAUUUCUUUAUUGCAUUUUUGUUGUUGAUAACUGUAGGUAUUUUGUUUUCUUUGUUUUUUUUUCUGUUUUAUCUCUCUUUUUUUGAAUAAAAAUGCUUCAAGCGAUGCGGAACUUGAACGAAAAUAUUAAUAGCUUCGAUGACAAUAUCAAAAACGAACAAUAAAUUAUUAAAAAUUUGCUUCGUUUUGUUUUUGUUUUUUUUUUUCUACAUAUGUAUCUAAUUAAAGCAAUACUUACCGACUUUGUUGCCUAAUUAAAUGCAAUAAUUUUUGUUACUUUUUUUUCCUGUGUGUAAAUAUAUUCAUUGUAUUUGUAUGAUGUAUAUUGAAUGUAUAAUUGUUAAGUCAUCAUUGUGUGUAAUAAAAAUUUUUGUUUAUUUUCUA